AUGGCGUCCCAGCCGAAUUCCUCCGCGAAGAAGAAAGAAGAGAAGGGGAAGAAUAUCCAGGUGGUGGUGAGGUGCAGACCUUUUAAUUUAGCAGAGCGGAAAGCCAGCGCCCUUUCUGUGGUAGAAUGCGAUCAUGCACGAAAAGAAGUUAGUGUUCGAACUGGAGGAUUGAAUGACAAGAGCUCACGGAAAACGUAUACUUUUGAUAUGGUUUUUGGAGCAUCUACUAAACAAAUUGAUGUUUAUCGAAGUGUCGUUUGUCCAAUUCUAGAUGAAGUUAUUAUGGGCUAUAAUUGCACUAUUUUUGCGUAUGGCCAAACUGGCACUGGAAAAACCUUUACAAUGGAAGGUGAAAGGUCACCUAAUGAAGAAUAUACUUGGGAAGAGGAUCCCUUGGCUGGUAUAAUUCCACGUACACUUCAUCAAAUUUUUGAGAAACUUACUGAUAAUGGUACUGAAUUCUCAGUUAAAGUAUCUCUGUUGGAAAUCUAUAAUGAAGAACUUUUUGAUCUCCUUAAUCCAUCUUCUGAUGUUUCUGAGAGACUACAGAUGUUUGAUGAUCCUCGUAACAAGAGGGGAGUAAUAAUUAAAGGUUUAGAAGAAAUUACAGUACACAACAAGGAUGAAGUCUAUCAAAUUUUAGAGAAGGGGGCAGCAAAGAGGACUACUGCAGCAACUUUGAUGAAUGCAUACUCUAGUCGUUCCCAUUCAGUUUUCUCUGUUACAAUACAUAUGAAAGAAACUACAAUUGAUGGAGAGGAGCUUGUUAAAAUUGGAAAGUUGAACUUGGUCGAUCUUGCAGGAAGUGAAAACAUUGGUCGUUCUGGAGCAGUUGACAAGAGAGCUCGGGAAGCUGGAAAUAUCAAUCAAUCUCUGCUGACUUUGGGGAGGGUUAUUACUGCUCUUGUAGAAAGAACACCUCAUGUUCCUUAUCGAGAAUCUAAGCUAACUAGAAUUCUCCAGGAUUCUCUUGGAGGACGUACCAGAACAUCUAUAAUUGCAACAAUUUCUCCUGCAUCUCUCAAUCUUGAGGAAACUCUGAGCACGUUGGAGUAUGCUCAUAGAGCAAAGAACAUAAUGAAUAAGCCUGAAGUUAAUCAGAAACUCACCAAAAAAGCUCUAAUUAAGGUAGGUGAAUUUUUUGUCGAGUAAUAGAAUCUUGUUUGACAAAUGUGAAAAUAAAGAAAUAAAAGAGGAAAAACAUUAACUGAAACGCAUAUUAACCUGUAUUUUAGAGCCAUGAGUGGAAAGCUAACUGUUCAAGAAGAACAAAUUGUAGAAUUGAUUGAAAAAAUUGGUGCCGUUGAAGAGGAGCUAAAUAGAUUUGGCAAAAACCUGAGUAGUCUCUUUAAUGGUAUGGAAGAAUUAAUUAAGGAUGGUACUUCAAAGCAAAAGGCCAUGCUAGAUGUUCACAAGAUUUUGUUUGAAAAAACAGAUACUAUGGAACUUGGCCAGUUAAUCAAUCUUUGGUCAGAGAGAUUCUGUGCUUUGGAAGAAAAGUGUGAAAAUAUCCAGAAACCACUUCUUACUACCCAAGAAAAUACAGAAUUGAAGUCUAAGGAUAUAAUCAGCAAAACAGCUUCUUACAGUACAAAAUUUUGUGCUGAUUCUGAUGAUGUGUCACGUGAACUCAAACAUUUUAACCAAGAAGGUACAAAAUUGAUUGAAGAGUCUGUAAAACACUGUGAUAAACUCAAUGGUAAACUUGAAAUAAUAACUCAAGAGACUGAACAGAGAUGUGAGGCUCUGAACAUGAGGGCACUUUGUUUUUCUGAACAGUGGAUAUCUUGCUUAAAUAAAAGGGAAGAGGAACUUCAGAACUUGCUGCAGAUUGUAAAACAAGGUUGUGAAACUUCACGUUCAGUGAUUAAUGAAAAAUUAAGUGAACAUAAAGCAGCUCAUGAGAAUCAACAUAAUGUUUUUCUUGGUCAGAUAACUACUCAUGAAGAAAAUAUCAUGGCACAAAGUCUAGAACUUAAUGAAAACAUAAAAAUUGGUUUGACUAAGCUUAAUUACUUUCUGCAGCAAGAAUUGAAACUGGAUACCCCAACAGGUACAACACCACAGAGGAAAAAUUAUUUAUACCCAUCAACAUUAGUGAGAACCCAACCACGUGAACAGCUCCUUGAGCAGUUGAAAAGGAAACAGCCUGAGCUUUUAAAGAUGUUAAAUUGUUCAGAAAACAAUAAAGAAGAGACCUGUCAGGUUUUGGAGGAAGAAAAGACAGUUCUGGAGAAUACCACUGAAGAACCUCUGAGUCACGAACCACCUGUUGAUACCAGUAUGGAUUGUCCAUCAAGUGGCGGAGUUCCAUUUUUCCAGCAUAAAAAAUCACAUGGAAAAGACAAAGAAAACAGAGGCAUCAAUCCAGUGGAGAGGACUAAAGUAGAAGAAACUACAGAGCAAUCUAUCACUAGGAGCAGGUUACCUCUGCGAGCCCAGAUCAAUUUUUAGUUAAUUUGAGGAUCAGUAAUCUCAUUUUUUAAGAAAACUGAAAACUAUAACCUCAUAAUUUGAGCCUGUGUAUAGGUUUUAAAUUAAUAGAUAAUAUCGAGGCAAUUCUAUCAAUUUAGUUUUGUUUACUAUGGCUACCCAUUUUUCUGUCAGCCCUUUAGUUCAGUAUGUAUAAAGUUUAAUUUGGUGUUAAGUAAAUAUGCAUUUCUAGCUUUUGAUAAAAAACAGCCUUUCAUAACAAAUGAAAGUUAUUUUACUUGUAUAUUAUUAAGUAGCAGUUACUACAGGAGCUGGACUGUUCUUCCAGACUUGACUUUAUAUGGGUAAAUAUCACCAAUACUUGUCCUUGGAAAGGAUCAUCUCGUCUUUUCUCGUGUGCUUGAAUUAUGUCUGUACUUGUUGCUGCCUUUCCUAGACCUUUUCUUUCUGCCUUCUCAGCUUGCUUUCUCCUUUUUUGUAGAGCUGUAAAGUAGUAUCCAUUUUUAGGAUCAGUUAGAAUUUACAUAGAAUUCCUUAAUAUUUCUGUGGCUAUCUUUAAAGAUCACUGUCAACAAUAAACAGAACCCUUCCUUCAGUAUUUUAAAUUUGUUUCCAUGUAUGUAAAUUUGUUUCCACCUCUUUGAGGCCUAACAUAUUAUCCCCUCCUCCACCACAAAGAGUUCAUAAAAAGCCAAGUUCUCUAGAAUAUAAAUGACUAUUAUGGGAGAACUACUUAGAGCUCUGCUUAACAACUGCUUGCUCCAUUUUAAGGCCUAUAUCUUGUGCAGAACGUCACAUGAUUUUUUUAGUCUUUUGAAGAUAUUUUGACUACAGUUCAUAUA